AUUUAUUCCCGCUUACUAUCAUCUACCCCUUAUCCAUUUCAGUAAUAUCUUCUUCUACUUAUCGUGUUCGCGUUAAUCCGAGAUAAAAUUCUCUGCAAUGUACUAACCUCGGCAGGCUACUUCCUGAGUAGUUUAGCACUCGUCUGCCUGCGCUCGAUUCUCAAGCAUAACCACUCAUUGCUUUCGGCAGUCGGCCUACAAGGACUUGAUCACAGUACCAAUAUUAUCAUGGCUAGGCAUCAAUCGCUUGACUCUGAGAGACCGAUCAUGGCCCCUUCUACCCGAGCGUCGAAAAGAUUUUCGACCGUAAGCGGAAACCCUUCGAUUGCUUCGUCAGGUACUAUUGGAAGCCUACCAAGUGGCGAUCCUCGUUUGGCCGAAUUCCAUCACUUGCGCGACGGGUUGGAGCGCCUGGAGAACAAACCUCUUCAGAAGCAACGCUUCGUCCCUACUCCCGAAAAGAGCGAUAACUUGAGCAAGCUGGCUCUGAGUGCGAAGGUGGAACGAGCUCUUGACCGGAGAAUGACUGGUCAGGAUGCUGUCAUGCGCAAGCCAGUUUUGAACGAGAAGGCUGCUGCUGAGUCUACAAGCUCGUAGACGAACUGUGGUCUACCCGAUAAGUUUCAUAUACACACUUUGUCUUGAUACCUAU